UUUGAAUCUGGUCCGAGCGCGGGAACCGGCGGGCGCGGAGCGCGGGGAGCUCGGCGAUCAGUACCAGACCUCCCGUGUGAAGAGCACCCUGCGGCCGGGACCGGUGACUGGAUGGGUCACAAAAUAAAUCCAUUUGAAAAGUUUCAUCUGCCAUGGAAAAGCGCCAGACAUUUGUACAAGUGGUGUCUAAGGAGCUGGUUGGAGAGUUUUUACAAUUUAUUCAGCAUGAUAAAGAUCCCUCCGACACUUUCAGCCUAAAUGAAUUACUAGAUGAGUUAUCAAGGAAACAGAAAGAAGAACUAUGGCAAAGGCUGAGGAACUUGCUAACAGAUGUGCUGUUAGAAAGCCCCGUGGACGGGUGGCAGGUAGUGCGCGUCCCAGGUGAAGACGCCAUGGAAGGUGCAGACAUAUGUCGGCUUUGGCGUAUCCACCAAGCUCUGUAUUGCUUUGAUUAUGACUUGGAGGAAAGUAGAGAAAUUAAAGAUAUGCUCCUUGAGUGCUUCAUGAAUAUUAAUCACAUCAAGAAAGAAGAGGGAAGAAGAUUUCUUAGUUCUCUCUUCAAUUGGAAUAUAAACUUUAUUAAAAUGAUCCAUGGGACCAUUAAAAACCAGUUAGAGGGAUUACAAAAGUCUUUGAUGGUACACAUUGCAGACAUUUAUUUCAGAGCUUGGAAAAAGGCUUCAGGGAAAAUAUUGGAGACGAUCGAAAACGAGUGCAUCCAGGACCUCAUGUUCCACGGGAUCCACCUUCCCCGGAAGUCCCCAGUGCACUCCAAAGUGCGGGAGGUGCUGAGUUACUUUCACCAUCAAAAGAAAGUUCGCCAGGGUGUAGAAGAGAUGCUUUACAGAUUAUAUAAACCCAUCCUCUGGAGAGGAUUAAAGGCCAGAAACUCUGAAGUUCGCUCAAACGCUGCGCUGUUGUUUGUUGAAGCAUUUCCUAUCAGGGAUCCAAGCCUCCGGGCGGCUGAGAUGGAUGGUGAAAUUCAGAGGCAGUUUGAAGAACUCUAUAGCCUGUUAGAAGAUCCUUACCCGAUGGUCCGCUCCACAGGGAUCCUUGGUGUUUGCAAAAUAACCUCCAAAUACUGGGAGAUGCUGCCUCCGACCAUUCUCAUCGACCUCCUGAAGAAGGUGACGGAGGAGCUGGCGCUCGACACUAGCUCCGCCGACGUGCGCUGCUCUGUCUUCAAGUGUCUGCCGAUGGUGCUGGACAACAGGCUGAGCCACCCGCUGCUGGAGCAGCUCCUGCCCACUCUCCGGUACAGUCUGCACGACAACUCGGAGAAGGUGAGGGUGGCGUUCGUGGACAUGCUGCUGAAGAUCAAGGCCGUGAGGGCUGCCAAGUUUUGGAAGAUAUGCCCCAUGGAGCAUAUCUUGGUUCGUCUGGAAACCGACUCUCGACCUGUGUCUCGGCGCCUGGUGAGCCUCAUAUUUAAUUCCUUCCUGCCCGUGAACCAGCCAGAGGAGGUCUGGUGUGAGCGCUGCGUCACGCUGGUGCAGAUGAACCACGCAGCCGCCAGGAAGUUCUACCAGUACGCCCACGAGCACACGGCCUGCACCAACAUAGCGAAGUUGAUCCAUGUCAUCCGCCAUUGCUUGAACGCCUGCAUCCAGAGGGUGAUGAGAGAGCCGCAGCCUGAGGCCGGGGGCGGCGAGAAGGAGAACGUGAGCGACGAUCGCUGCAAGACACCUCUGUUCAUGCUGAUGUCCUUCCUGCCCGCCUCGGCCGUGCCCCCGUUCAGCUGCGGUGUGAUUCCCACCCUGAGGAGCCAGGAGGAGGGCACUGUGGACAGGAGCUACUGCACCCUGCUGGAUUGCCUGUGCGCCUGGGGGCAGGUGGGGCACGUGCUGGAGCUUCUUGACAGCUGGCUGCCCGGGGAGCACCCCCAGGCCAAGAGUAACGCAGCUUCUAAACGUAAAGUGCAGAUCCAUGACACACGCCCCGUGAAACCUGAGCUAGCCUUGGUUUACAUGGAGUAUCUGCUGACCCAUCCGCAGAACCGCGACAGCCUGCUCUCCGCUCCCCAGAAGAAACUUAACAGCCUUUUAAAAGCACUUGAGACUUCGAAGGCAGAUCUGGAGUCCCUUCUGCAGAUGCCAGGGGGGAGACCGCGUCACUUCAGCGAGGCGGCGGCCCUGCGAGCCUUCUGUCUGCACUGUCGCCUGAGCAUUCACCUCCAGCACAAGUUCUGCUCAGACGGAAAAGUUUAUCUGUCCAUUUUGGAAGACACUGGCUUUUGGUUAGAAAGCAAAGUUUUACCUUUUAUUCAAGAUCAAGAAGAAGAGUAUCUGAAGCUUCACAAGGUCGUAUAUCAGCAAAUUAUCCAGACGUACCUGGCAGUGUGUAAAGACGUGGUUAUGGUUGGCCUUGGCGACCGUGCGUUUCAGUUGCAGCUUCUGCAGAGGGCUCUUGGGAUCAUGCAGACAGGGCCCCAGGGAAGGAGCGACAUGGGGCAACCCCGCAGGGAAGGGGCCACAUGGGUGACCCCGGCAGCUGACGAUGUGCUCCUGUAUUCUGUUCAGACUCCUCUUCAUGAAUUCGUGACCACUGUUCAGUCUUGGCACACGGACACUGCCAUGCACCGCGGCGUGCUCUCCACGCUGAUUGCAGGACCCGUGGUUGAGAUAAGCCACCAGCUGCGGAAGGUUUCUGAUGUAGAAGCGCUUACCCCUCCAGAGCGUCUCUCUGACCUCCCGCCGUUCUCGAGGUGUUUGAUAGGAAUGGUCAUGAAGUCCCCAGGCGUGGUCAGGUCAUUUUUGGAUGAGCUCAGGACAUGUGUGGUGUCUGACGACAUAGAAGGAAUCUUGUGCCUUGCCGCUGUCGUGCACAUCAUUUUGGUCAUUAAUAAAGGUAAACACAGAAGUUCCAAAGUGAAGGAAGUUGCAGCUACAGUUCACAGAAAACUGAAGACAUUCAUGGAGAUCACCUUGGAAGAGGACAGCAUCGAAAGAUUUCUCUAUGAGGCGUCAGCGAGAACUUUGGGAGAGCUUCUGAAUUCCUAACCAAGCCAGCAUCUCUAGACACAUACAGGUUGGGAAGAGGACUCAGGCAGGGGGACCACAUAAGUGUUUUCCUUAUGUUUUUAAGGUGGAUGACCCAUGUAAGGGAAGAGGUGGGACUUGAGGGUGUUAUGAGUAGAGAACUCAGAGUCCUCCACUGUUUGCCCAGUGCCUCCGGGAAUAAUAUAUUUAACAUAAAGGACCCCAGGUGUCACAAUGAAAUCCAUGAUGCA